AUGACUGAACGAGUGACGAAGAAGAUGUCUCGACGAGGAGGUCGCUACAGCGGUCGCGCAGCUAGCAAAGCGUCGUCCGACCCUUCAAGCUUCACCCAGUCAAUGAUGUCGAUGGCGAAGGAGAAUCUGGACAAGGAGAAGGAAAACCGCGCCCGUUUACAAACUGAACUCCAGGCCUCGCAGGAUCUCAUCGCUCAAUGGGAAACCAUCCUCAAGAUAUCCAGCCCGAAGCAAUCGAAUCUCCCUAGUGGGCAGGUCCCAACCACGACUGAGGAGAACAGCUCGCCUGCGGUAUCGACAUACGCCCAUAGAACCGAAGGAACCGAAGCCAAUGACACCAAUCCGACUGCAGAUAAUACCGCUCCUUCGGGUCGCUCCCGCAACAUAUCUGUAGCUCCAUUCAGCGGCUCAAGGAACACCAAGGAACGGGCAACCGCUACGCAGGCUACGUCUUCGACCGCUAUGUUAGUUGACAAGCCGGGCGAGGAGUCUGAGGUCGAACACAGCGAUGGCCAUGACGACGAGGAUAAGAGCGAAGAGGACGAUGAUGCUAAUGAAGACGACGGGGAGUAUGUCGAAGAUAAUGACGAUACGGAGUUUAUGGAGGAGUAG